AUGACGAGAGCGAUCGAGGCGGGCGCGCGAUCGCGGGCGUCGUCGCGACCACACCCGCGCGCGCGUCGACAGGUCGACGACCGCGGCGGAUCUGAUACACCCGCCGCGCUCCCGCGAUCCGCGAUGCCCGCGGACGGCGACGCCGCGCCGAUCCGCGCGCCGCCGCCGAGCGCGCCGGACGACGACGACGACGCGUCUCGAGCCGUCGCCGAUUCCGUUUCGGUCUCCGCGCGCUUCGGAACCCCCGCGCGCGCGUCGGCGUGGCCGCCGGCGUCGGACGACGACCUCGCGCGAUACCGCGCGACGUUCGACGCGCUGAACGCGAACGGGGACGAGCACCUCGACGGGAAGGAGCUCGUCGGCGCGCUCGACGACGUCGGCCUCCCCAAGGAGACGCUCCGAGGCAUCUGGGAUCUCGCGGACGCGCGCCGCGACGGACGCCUGGACCGCCGCGAGUUCGCGGUCGCGCUGUACUUGAAGGAGCGGUGCGUCGCGGGGUGCGCGCUGCCCGCGGCGCUGAGCGAGCUCCCGCGAGGGACGUUUCCGUGGGACCGCGGCGCGAAGGACGACGACGACGACGCGGAGGGCGACGACGAAGCGGCGUCGGCGUCGGCGUCGGCGUCGGCGUCGGCGUCGGCGCCCGCGCCUCCUCCUCCUCCUCCUCCUCCUCCUCCUCCUCCGGCGCCGCCGCCCGUCGCGGUGGCGGCGCCCUCGCCGCCGCCCGCGUCCUCCGCGAGCGCCGACGAACUCGUGGAGCUCCGCGCGCGCGUCGCUGAGCUCGAACGCGCGCUCGUCGACUCCACGCGAGCGUCGGUGAAGAGAGAAGAGGCGCUGGAGAUUGAACUCAGCGCGCUGCGCGCGGAGCACGCCACGCGGCUCGCGGCGCUGCACACCGUGACGGAAGAGAAAGAGACGAUUCGGUGCGAGCUCGAGAACGUCAAGGUCGCCAAGGCAGCCUCCGACGCGGCCGCGAGCGACGCGCGGGCGAUGCGCGAAGAUCUCGCGAACGAGGCGGAGGCUUUCGAGCGCUCGGUGCGCGCCGCCGUCGCGGCGAAAGAGGCGGAGUGGUCGGCGAGGGACGACGCGAUGACGCGCAAGGCGGAGGAGAACGACGCGAAGUUGGAGGAGGCGAGGGAGACGACGCGGAGGUUGUUCGUGGUGCACGCCGCGCAGCGACGCGCGUGGGCGAGCGAGCGCGUCGAGUUGUUGCGGCGAGCGGGUGAUGCGUCGGACGCCGCCGGCGGCGGCGCGGACGCGUCGAAACACGUCCAGGCCGCGGUCGAGGUCGCGUUCAGGAAGAAGGCGUCGUCCGUGACGAAGGAAGACGCGGAGGAGGAGGAGGAGGAGGAGGAGGAGCCGCCGGCGACGCCGGGGACCGCGCUCGAGCGGCUCUUCGCGGCGACGACGUCCGCGUCCAAGUCCGCGCCGGCGGAGGGCGACGGCGGGUUCAACGCGUGCGAAGGUCUCCUCCGCGACGCCAUGGAAGCCGAGGUCGUGGAGGCGAUCGUGCGCGGGUACUGCGUCGACGAGGACGACGGCAGCGUGAUCGUCGGCGCGAGCGCGAUCGUGGAGCACGUCGUGAGGAGGUACGAGGAGGAUCCCGCGGCGACGUCGCGGCGGAGGAAAAUCGCCGCCGCCGCCGCCGCCGCCGGCGCGACGGUUGACGUUCCGUCUUCCGCGCCGCCGCCGCCGCCGCCGCGGAACCCCGAGGCGGAGGAUGAAGCGCGGCGGUACUACGCGCGCGAGCGCGCGUUCCUGCUCGCGUCGUUGCAGGAAGCGCGCGCGAAGGCGGACGCCGUCGUCGCGCGCGCCGCGGCGGAGGACGCCGCCGCCGACGCCAAAUCAGACGCCGCCACGUCGGACGACGUGUUGCUGACGUGGAGCGAACAAGAGGAAGCGCACGCGGUCGCGGCGCUGCGGAUAUCCGCGGAGGAGCGCGUGCUCGAGCUCACGGAGCAGCUCG